AUGUCUACCGCAUCUGGCGGCACCACGGCGAUUGCUGCAGCUCCUUCGCUGGUUGGGGCGUCCGGGGAGGUAUUGGAAACCUACCGACAGAACGCUAAAAGGAGCACUGAUCCAACAGUGCAGUUAUCUUUUGCCAAACAACUGAUAGCAGCCGGUGAAGCACUCACGAAUGCAGAUGGGGAUCCGAAGAAGAACAGAAAGCAGCAGGAAGCCUUAUAUGCCGAAGCACUGAAAUGGAUCAAGAAACUUGCUACGAAUGGCGGAAUCGGUGGGAAGUCAUCAUACCCAGAAGCACAAUUCUUCCUGGCAGAGUGCUACGGAAACGGCUCGUUGCACCUACCUGUUGAUCACGACAAGGCGUUCUCGCUUUACGUCCAGGCGUCCAAACAGGCCCACCCAGCCGCCACAUACCGCACAGCCGUAUGUUACGAAGUCGGAGCGGGAACCAAACGUGACUCGGCUCGCGCGAUGCAGUUCUAUAGGAAAGCAGCGGCACUAGGGGACACGGCAGCGAUGUACAAGGUCGGAAUGAUCAUGUUCAAUGGACUGUUCAAUCAGAGCAAGAACCCUCGCGAAGGCGUAACCUGGUUGAAAAGGGCGGCUGCACAGGCGGAUGAGAAUACCCCUCAUGCUUUGCAUGAAUUAGGAGUGCUGUAUGAGGGAGGGGCGGGCGAGGGUGUUGUCAUUCCGGAUCCUCAACACGCUCACGAACUCUUCCUUCGCGCGGCGCAACUCGGCUACCCACCAUCGCAAUUCAAACUCGGAUUCUCCUAUGAAUAUGGGCUCCUAUCUCUCCCAAUCGACCCCCGCCGCUCCAUCGCAUGGUACACACGCGCGGCCGAGCAAUCCGACCCCGACGCCGAGCUCGCACUGUCCGGGUGGUACCUCACCGGCGCUGAAGGGGUCUUGCGCCAAUCCGACACGGAGGCAUACUUGUGGGCACGGAAGGCCGCAGAUAAGGGUCUGGCAAAGGCAGAAUACGCGGUGGGGUGGUACAGCGAGAACGGCGUAGGCAUCAAACCCGAUCUGGAGGAAGCGCGGAGAUGGUACCUCCGUGCCGCUGCGCAGGGCAACAAACGCGCCGUUGCGAGGGUGAAGGAGUUGAAGAACAUGAUGUACGCCACGCAGCGCGGCACGUCGUCGGCACACUCUGUCGCAUCGGCGGCCCAUCAUCACCCGCAAAUGGGGGGUAGCAUGAGAGGUCCUGGCCCCGCUGGCGCCGGUCACAGUCGGAGCGCCGGCGACGUGUCCAACAACGCAAAUCAUAGGAUGAGCCGGAUGGGAGAGACUGCCAAUCAGUGGAGGAAAGAAGCGGCGAAGGGCGGGGAUGCGGCGGCCAAGAACUCUGAAUGUGCGAUUAUGUAG